AUGACAGACGAGGAGCUGGGGCUGGAUACCUUCAUCACACGGGAUGGUAGCGGUGCCAACAAGAUCACUGUUGAGAGCAUAAGUGGUGAGGAGACAGUUGUGCAGCUGAACCCGAAGCUGCUCAGCUAUCAGAGCGCCAUCAUGUGUCAGGGUACAUUGUACGGUUCGCCUACUGAGCUUUUGAAGUCCCUCCGCGACGCGAUCAAGGCGCAUCGGUGA